GCUGGAACGAGGAAGUGCAGUGGAGAGGGGAGGGACCCAGGGCGCAGCUCCAUGGGGCCGCCGCGGCGCUGCGACCUUCUGCACAUGGAGCCGGGGAGAGUUGGAAGAACUUCAUACUGCAAACUCAAGGAAUAGCAGAGUACCUGCAUCGAAUGGAGACAGAGGAGGCCCAGGAAAUGGCCCAGAUGCCAGGCAGAGACAGCCCCCCUGCCAACGACGCAUCUGAGGAGACAGAGGAGCCCAUGGCCGUCCCCGAGGACCUGUCAGCAGGCUCCGCCCACCAGCAGAACAACAGAGGGGACAAAGCCUGUAACAUUAAAGUUGAGGCUCGCAGUGAUGAGGAGAAUGGGCUGGCCUGUGAGAUGAAUGGCGAGGAGGAGGAGUGUGCGGAAGACUUGCGCGUGAUCGAUGCCUCUGGGGCCAAAGUGAACGGCUCACAACCGAGCCCCGACGCCAAGGCCUUCUCCUCGGCCGGCGGUAUCCGGCUGCCCAACGGGAAGCUCAAGUGCGAUAUCUGUGGGAUAGUUUGCAUUGGCCCCAAUGUGCUGAUGGUGCACAAGCGAAGCCACACUGGAGAACGUCCCUUCCAGUGCAGCCAGUGCGGUGCCUCUUUCACCCAGAAGGGCAACCUGCUGCGUCACAUCAAGCUCCACUCGGGGGAGAAACCCUUCAAGUGUCACCUGUGCAGCUACGCCUGCCGCAGGAGGGACGCCCUCACCGGCCACCUGCGCACGCACUCCGUUGGAAAACCCCAUAAGUGUGCUUACUGUGGGCGGAGCUACAAACAGCGCAGCUCGCUGGAGGAACACAAGGAGCGAUGUCACAACUACCUCCAGUGCAUGGGGCUGCAGAACAGCAUUUAUACAGUAGUAAAGGAAGAAAGCAACCAGAAUGAGCAGAGGGAAGACUUAAGCCAGACGGGAUCUGACAGAGCCUUGGUGCUAGACAGACUAGCUAAUAAUGUAGCUAAACGUAAGAGCACUAUGCCACAGAAGUUUGUGGGUGACAAGCGUCUGUCGGACCUCUCCUUCGAGGGAGGAGCAGGGGAGCUGAUCCAGCCUCAUGUCAUCGACCAGGCCAUCAACAGCGCCAUCAACUACCUGGGGGCCGAGUCGCUGCGGCCGCUGGUGCAGACCUCCCCGGGCUCCUCGUCCGAUGUGGCCCUCGGCUCCAUGUUCCCCAUCCACAAGCCCCCGCCGGACGGCCACGCGGGGACGGGCCACAGCCUGUCAGCCAAGGACAGCGCGGCCGAGAACCUGCUGCUGCUCUCCAAGUCCAAGUCGGCCUCCAGCGAGAAGGACGGCUCGCCCAGCCACAGCGGCCAGGACUCCACCGACACCGAGAGCAACAACGAGGACCGGCCGGCCGGGGGGGGCUCGGGGCUCAUCUACCUGACCAACCACAUUACCUCGGGGGGACGAAACGGCGUGCUGCCCCUGGUGAAGGAGGAGCAGCAGAGGCAGUUCGAGGCCAUCCGGGCCAGCAUGGAGAUGGCCUCCGAGGGCUUCAAGGUGGUGACCGGCGACGGGGAGCAGGUGAGGGCGUACCGGUGCGAACACUGCCGCAUUCUGUUCCUGGACCACGUCAUGUACACCAUUCACAUGGGCUGCCACGGCUUCAGAGACCCCUUCGAGUGCAACCUCUGCGGCCACCGGAGUCAAGACCGGUACGAGUUCUCGUCUCACAUGACGCGAGGAGAGCACCGCUACUGAGCCCUGACGCCACACACAUCCACCCCUCAACACAAACAUCUGUACAUGUGGGAAACACGGAAACAGCCAGACAGACACGUGCACACACACACACACACACACACACACACACACACAUGCACACACAUGCACAUUUAAUAAAUACAUAGAAAUAAAAUACCUUGUAAAACACACUGUUGAUCUCUGAAAAGUGAUUUUUUUAUACAGAAUAUGCAUGUUUGUAGCUCCGAGGUAAAAACACACAUUCAGUUAAGAGAAGAAAACAAAAUUCAUUUAUUUUCAUCAAAUGUCACGUUCAAAAGGGAAAGAAAUUAAUCCAUUUUGCCAUUUUUGGGAGGACGGGGUGAGGAAAUCUAUCUGCCUAAAUGCAUUGUGUUUAACAAUAACUUGUGUUGUUUUAAAUUGUGUAAGAGUUGCUGGAAUCCUUUUGUU